AUGGAUGCAACUAAAAGACCAUUGACUUUUUCAAAAGAUUUUUUUGCGUAUGCUGAGAACAAGAAAAUUUUAGAUUUGUUUCAGAAUAUGUUCGAGAAGUUAACAAUUGAUCGCCCGGAAAAUCCUGCAUCUUAUUUAAGAGAUUUUUUAUUGAAAGGAGGAGGCUGUAAAGUGCCAAACGUUUAUGUGCUUGGUCCUCCAGGAGCCAAUAGAAAAUUGGUUUGCACCACAUUGGCCAAUCACUUGAAGUUAAUCUACAUUACAACUGGAAGUUUGAUAAAGGAUCUAGAGAGUAAUAGCGGAAGGAAGUAUUCAGAUGAAAUGGAGAUAUCUUAUACAACUUGGGCUGACUUAAUAAAGAGACGAGUUGAGAAAGCUGAUUGCCUGCGAAAUGGUUGGCUGAUUGAAGGAUUUCCUAAAACUAGGAGACAAGCAUACACUCUUCGUAAAAUUGGAAUAUUUCCAACUCAUAUUGUUGUCAUUGAAGAUGCUGUUAUUAACUACAAGGGUGCUCAGUAUGAAGAAGAUCGAAAAGAAUUAUUGCAAUAUGCCGGGCAAAAAUCUCUUAUUUUGGACCUCCACAGAAGUAGUUACAUGAAAAAAUUCAUAAUCGGGAAGUACUCAGAAGCUCAUACAUCUCUCAAUAAAGGUUAA